CUUUCUCCAUGCCAGCGCUAUUGACCGGAACCGACCAAGGGCUCAUCCGAGUCCGGGCAGUCCGCCUGUUUCAGCAGUCGUUACAUCACCGUUUGCGGGUUGCGGGAGAAUAUCUUACCAGUUUUACCAUACACCGGGGGUAAUCGAUGGUAAAUGAUGGUAACUGAUUACCCAGCCUGAGGCCGUCCGCAGUCGAUGGAAUUACCUCAAUAUUGAUGGCUUGGAUCCUGACCUUUUUUGCUCUGGCAAACUCUCUUUCCCUCUCUUUUCUGGUCGCACUCGCUUGUCUCUCACCACCCUCCUUUUCCUUCUCUUGCCUUGGCUUGUCUAUGCACAAGCACAAACACAAACAUUGGGCCUGUCACGUUUCCUGUCAAGGUGAGCAAGCCAUCCAGGGAAGAAGUUCAUUCUCACCCAAUACUCAUUUGAACUACACUCACUACACUACACUACACUACACUAAGUCUCUACACUACUACUACUUCCGGCUACGGCCUUUUGCCAAUCCUUACUGCUAAGUGCUAGCUAACUCACCUAUCUGUCCAUCCCCCCCCAUAUUCAGGCUACAUACUAGCUACCGUGCUAAUAACGAGGUCUACUUGACUUCCGCCCGUUGUCAACAACUGAACCUCCCCCGGGCCCUCCCCCC